GUGCGCGAUGGUGACGUAUGGCUCGUAUGUAGUAGCUCAGAGGGGGAGAAAGAGCCGCCGAGGAGGGCAGAAACACAAGAGAGGGGCAAGUCUUUCUACGACAACACCGCGGCUCGGGAACAGACCAACUGAGUCGAGUCGGCUGGCAUGGAGCUGAGCGUCGCCGUUCAGAGCAGUUUCGCGCCGUCCGCCUAACGUUAAAACCGGGGCAUUUCGCGCUCAGUUUGCUGUCGGUCCCGGGGGUGUUUGUGGAGCCCCGUGUGAAUCUGUUGCUAGCAGCGCUCGAAUGCUAGCUAGCCCCGCUGCUAAGCAGCUAGCCAACACUGCGAGUCAAUUGUGUCGGAGAUCGCGGAAUUACGCGUUAAAGCCGCCGCGCUCCUCCGCCGCUCUCGGGAAUCGUUUCGCCCGUUGAGUUUUUGCGUUUUCCCGAGCGAGGGGACGCUAAAAGGCGAAGGCUAGAGUUUCUAUUUCGAUUUAUUUCCAGCAGAGAGUUUUUCCCCUCUCUAUUAGCUUGUUAGCCGCUCUGGUUGGUUUAGUCCAGCUUGUUAGUACUGUCUGAGAUCUCUACUGUAACGUUAAUAGCUGUCAGCCAGAUCGGGCGCGUUAUUUUUGGACAUGAAUGAUUUGAUCGCGGACCUGUGAGCGGUUUAGAGAAGCGAUACUUUGAGAUGCCGCGCGUGGGAUACUUCAUGUUUCCAGGGACGCUUUUAUUUUCUUGUUAGACUGCCAUAUGCGAGUGCUAGUGUGCAGGGGUUUGAUUUAGAUAAUACUGCAAUUACAACUUUGUUUGGUUUUUUUUUAAUUUCCUCUCCAUGCGAGCUGGUUAUCCACCUUUAUCCAUCCACCGCGCGUCGUUUUGAUGUGGUUAAAGCCCAGAUUUCGGUCGCACUCUUAUCGUUUUCUCAUCUAAUAGUGGUUCGUUCGGCUGCACGGUCGUAUUUACGCCGUCGGUGGUUCAUGGUCUCGGAGACCGGGCGCUGAUACACGCUUUCACUGGUUUGCGGCGGGGAAAAACACGGCGAGAGAGGUAUUAUGGAUGAUCAGACACGAAUGCUGGCUGGCAUGGGCGGACUCGGCGGACUCUCUCAAGCCGACGUGGGUGACCCCGAUUCGGUUCGGAAGCAGCAGUCCCUCGGUCAGCCGCAGCAAGACAUAGGGGAUAUUCUCCAGCAGAUCAUGGCCAUCACCGACGAGAGCCUCGACGAAGCCCAGGCGAGAUGCUGGCCAGAGGAGGCACCGGCGCAGUGGACCCCACAGAGGGAGGGGGAGCUGGGGGGGAGCACAGCAGGGUGUGCCCUGCCGCUCAACUUCCAGCACAGAAAACACGCACUGAACUGCCACAGGAUGAAGCCGGCUCUGUUCAGCGUUUUAUGCGAGAUCAAAGAAAAAACUGUGCUGAGCAUCAGAGGUGUACAGGAGGAGGACCCUCCAGAUCCCCAGAUCAUGCGUCUGGAUAACAUGCUGCUGGCCGAGGGAGUGUCUGGGCCUGAGAAGGGCGGCGGGUCAGCCGCGGCGGCCGCAGCAGCAGCAGCGGCUGGAGGGUCACCGAAUGACGGCAGCAUCGAGCACUCGGACUACAGAGCCAAACUCACACAGAUCCGCCAGAUCUACCACUCCGAACUAGAGAAAUACGAACAGGCUUGCAGUGAGUUCACCAAUCACGUGAUGAACCUGCUGAGGGAACAGUCCCGCACACGGCCCAUCUCGCCCAAAGAGAUCGAGCGCAUGGUGGCCAUCAUCCACCGCAAGUUCAGCUCCAUCCAGAUGCAGCUCAAGCAGAGCACCUGUGAGGCCGUCAUGAUCCUGCGCUCUCGCUUCCUCGAUGCCAGACGUAAGAGACGCAACUUCAACAAGCAAGCCACAGAGGUGCUGAAUGAGUACUUCUACUCUCACCUCUCCAACCCUUACCCCAGUGAGGAAGCCAAGGAAGAGUUGGCCAAGAAAUGUGGGAUCACUGUCUCUCAGGUCUCGAAUUGGUUUGGCAACAAGAGAAUUCGGUACAAGAAGAACAUUGGUAAGUUCCAGGAGGAAGCAAACCUGUACGCCGUUAAAACAGCCGUGGACGCUGCCAAUGUGUCAGCACAGGCCAGCCAGGCAAACUCUCCAGCAACACCCAACUCAGGUGGAUAUCCUGCACCGUGCUACACACCUGACGGCAGGCUAUGAAGAUCUGUCAGGAAGUCCUCUUUACACCCCACACCGUCUAGAUGUGAGUGCAGCACUGACACACACACACACACUCAAGCAACAAACUGAACAAGCAUU